AUGACUGUUCAAUAUAACUUGGAUGUAUCAACUUCACGACCUUGGACAUUAUUCAAACUUUUAUUUCGAUGGCGUGGUAGUAUAUGGAAAUCGAUAACACUUGAGUUAUUUGUUUGGCUAAUAUUAUUUGCUGUAAUAUCAUUGAUAUAUCGUGUUGCUUUAACUAAUGAACAAAUAAGUAAAUUUGAACAAUUCGUACAUUAUUGUGAUGAAAAAUUGGAUUAUAUUCCAUUAAAUUUUAUGCUUGGCUUUUUUGUUACAAUCGUUUUAUCUAGAUGGAACAAUUUUUUCGUAAAUAUUGGUUACAUUGAUAAUAUAGCUUUAAUGGUAGCAGCUUAUGUGAAAGGUACGGAUGAUCGGGCACGAAUGUUACGCCGAAAUAUCAUCCGGUAUUGCGUACUAUCGCAAGCACUUGUUUUCCGUGAUAUUAGUAUGCGAGUACGGAAACGAUUUCCAACUGUUGAAGCGCUGGUUGCUGCUGGUUUUAUGAUGAAACACGAAAAGGAAAAAUAUGAUGCAAUCCAGUAUCGUUAUGCUAAAUAUUGGAUGCCAUUCCAAUGGGCAUUGUCACUUUGUCAGGAAGCACGGAAUCAGCAAAAAAUUUCCAGUGAUAUUUUGCUUGAAAAAGUUGGUGAAGAAAUUAAAAUAUUUCGUACAAAUUUAGCAAUUUUAUGCAAUUUUGAUUGGGUACCAUUACCAAUAAUGUAUCCGCAAUUAAUUGUCUUAGCUGUUCAUACAUAUUUCCUCGUUGGUGCUAUUGCCCGACAAUAUAUUAUAAGUGAUAAUGCACGAAAUAAAUCAGCGAUGGAUAUAUACCUUCCGGUUAUGACAAUCAUUCAGUUUAUCUUUUAUAUGGGAUGGCUAAAAGUAGCAGAAGCAAUGUUGAACCCAUUUGGUGAAGAUGAUGAUGAUUUUGAGUGCAAUUUCCUUCUCGACAAAAAUCUUAGUGUAGGUUUGACAAUUGUUGAUGAUGGAUGCAGUAGAACACCAGCAUUACUUAAAGAUGUUUUCUGGAGCGAAACCGAAAUAGAGCCAUUGUAUUCAGCCGAAUCAGCUCGUGGUGAAUAUCGGCUUUCCGGUUUAACUGGUUCAACUGCAAACGUUCGGUUAACUGAUCAGAAGAGCAAAAUUAAAAUGUUACCAUUAUCACGAGAAUUAGAUAAUCAUUAUUCAAUUUCGGGAUUAUUACGAAGCUCAGUGCGACACAGUUUACGUGGCGGAAGAACUGAUCUUCAUAGCGGUAUUAUGAAUAUUGUUCGUCAAAAAUUUGCUAGAUCAUUAAGUCAUACACAUUUUAAUACGAGCCAAAAUGGUGAUGAAUGUGGUAGCAAAACGAAUCAAAAUGUUGACGAAUUAUCAGGCUUAGAAAAAGGUUGUUCAAAACGGAUGAGUAACAGUGAGAGUCGCCGAAGUAGUUUAAAUCGUGUUCUAGAAACUAUUAUCAAUGAAUCAUAUGACAAUCCUAAUGUUAAUUUAUCAGAUGAAGAUUUGCCGCUUACAUUGAAACAUAUACCAGUAAGUAUAGCUGGUGAUGGUCGACAUAGUGGUCAUCUUACACUAUCACAAACAUCAAUGCUACAUAAACUGGAAGAUCUGGUAGAAGAAACAGAAGAAUCGAUGAGCAGAAAAAAUACCAUCGAAGAAAGCGAUAUAAAUAAUAUAAAAUUACGGAAUAAUGAUGUACAAAUUGAAAAUUUUGAUGGAUUAUUAUCAUCGAUAUUAACUCGUCGACGAAGUGUUCCAUCAAAUCUUGUAAAUUAUGAUAAUGUUCAAAUGACACUCCGUAGGCAGAAAUCAUAUCCAAAGUUAACUUAA